AUGGCCACACGAUCUACGUCCAUCCCAGCCGGCGAGCCGACCACACUUGUUAUAGUCGCCAAAUCUUUGAGUGUGAUGGUCGCUGUGGUGCGCUAUCCGCUCGAGCUUUGUCUGCAUACUUCGUCGCCGGCUCCAUCUACCCUACUGCUAUCGGCUUCGUUUCUCAACGCCAUCUUCAGCGGAACCAUUCUUCGUACCUUCUCCCUAACACUCGAUACCCGACAGCCGGCACAGCUAUCCUUGUUCGCUUCUCAGGCCAUUAUCACCGCUUUCGCCUCGUUACAGACGCUACUCAGCACUGCAAGACACACCAGCUUGCACUCACAGACUCUUCAGGAUCAAGCUGAGGGAGCUGCAUCAUCGCCCAAGGACCAUCCCGACCUCAUUCGCGGCUUAUUGGCCCGAGCAUUUGUGCUUUGGCAUUUCCCCUUGCUUCGCCGCGGGUUUCGGGCCAAGCUGACAUACGGCGAUCUGUACACCUCUCCGCCUCGAGUACAAGCACAUGCACUGGCACGCCUUUUCGAGUAUCAUUGGGAUCGUGCCUGCACAUCCUCCAAGGGCCGGAAUGAGGGCUACUUCCGUAUCUUGGUCGCCAGUGUGCGCGCAUUCGGAAGCUAUUGGCUCGCUCCCAUGCUUCCCAAGCUCGUGGUCACGCUCGCUCAGUUGGCCCAGCCCAUUGUUUUUGGCGACUUGAUUGCCUUUGUUUCCUCCUAUUCUCAAGCCACCUCCGAGGCAACCUUUGUUCCACAGUUGCCAUCCCGUGGAUGGGCACUCGCAGGAUCCGUCUUCAUCAUCUACGGCCUCAUUACCAUCUUCACAGGAAUCUACUGGCAACACGUCUACCGGUCCACCUUUGUCUUUCGUUCUGCCAUGAUUGCAUCCGUGUACCGCCACGUGCUGCACAGAGCCGUUCCACUUCCAGCUCUCGAAAUGCGACCUGACAAUCCUGUCACUCCUCAAGAUCCCGGGACUGCAGGCUCCUCGAGCCCGGCUGCUUGCGCUACGCAAGACCAAUCAACUUCCGCCUCAACUGCAGCUUCAGAUCCUGUGGCUAUCAUCUCUGCCGACAUUGAAACAUUGGCGACGGUGCUAGAACAGGUUCACGAGAUCUGGUCAGCACUCAUCACGAUCGGUGUCGCCUCUUUGCUCUUGUAUGCUCGCCUGGGUCUAGCUUUCCUGGUCGCCCUCUCUUCGAUCGUCAUGCUCUUGCUCUCGGCCAGUUUGCUCGCGCGGGUGAUCCCGGCCAAACAGAAGGCAUGGUUUGAGGCAACCGACAAGCGCGUCACACUAAUUAGUGUGCUCAUGCAUCGAUUUGAGCAGGUCAAGAUCAAUCUCGCCGAGGCAUACUUCAUACAAAAAGUGACCGCGCUACGAGAAUCCGAGAUCGCAGCCAUGCGCAUCUUCUACCGAUGGAUGGCUCAGGUCGCAGUUCUGGCAACCUCGCUGAUGAACAUCACAACGCUCGCCACCUUUGCCGUUGCCUAUGCAGUUAACCCCGGAAAGAGUGGCAAGCCCCUUGAUUCGGCGACGGUCUUUUCUGCGCUGACCAUCGUCAACAUGCUCGAGGCACCUGUCAACAAUCUGGCUCAGAACGGCUCGAAACUACUAUCGGCUACCGCAUCCCUCGAGCGCAUUCAGUCGUUUCUCGUAGCACGCGCUGUUCCUCCGACCACCGAUGGCAUUGAAAAACCACAUGUCGUUUCAAUUCAGAGCGAUGUCAAGGGGUCCAGCCACCAGUGCCUCGGGCAAGACCCAGCCCCUGUUCCGUCGCAGGUCCGUUCCUGGCUUGCUUCUGUCAAUAUCGUGGUUCCUGCUUCCUCAGCAGCUUCAGACGAUUCACAGUCCACACGGCUCGUGCUCUUGCACGGACCCAGUGGAAGUGGCAAAACCACACUGCUGCGACAUUUGCUUCGUAAUCAAACCCUACUCGCCGGUGGUGACUCCAUGCCCCGAACAAGAGGCACAUUUAUGGUCCCGAUUGCCUUUUGUCCCCAGGAUCCUUGGCUCUUUGAAGGUAGCAUUCGCGAGAAUGUGAUCCUUGAUCAGCCCUUCGACGCCAAGCAAUUCCAAUUGGCGCUCGAACUCAGUCAAUUAGCUAGCGACGUUGAUACGAUGGCUUCGCGAGACAACACAAAGGUUGGGUCUGAAGGAUCCAAUCUCAGCGGUGGACAAGGCCAUCGCGUAGCGUUGGCCAGGGCUCUCUAUUCCGGUGCAAAGGUCAUUGUGCUUGAUGACUCUUUAUCUGCUUUGGAUGCCGGAACCUCAACUGCAAUUGUUCAGAACGUCUUGCAUCCGCAGCGUCGCCAUCGCCUCUUGCAAGACACCACCAUCGUGAUAGCCUCUCAUUUGGACGAAUUGCAGGAUAUCUGCAGUCUGCGGUGCUCUGUUGCUGCUUGGCGCAUUUGUGAGACUCUCAUAGUGGAACCAUGUCAGCGUUGGAGGGAGAUGCAUGGAAAUGUGGCCACGGAAGACAUACCGCUUGGACCAUUGGGGCGUAACCAGAACGAUGAUAUCUCUGGUCAACAUGAGGAUGACCAACACAACAACUCGGAGGAGGACCAUCCAAGCGAGUCAAGCAACCACCAGGAGCAGUCUAGGGCAAAACGCAGCGAAGCCGAUGACAAUGGACAGACGCACGUCCAUGCCAAUUUGACAGGGAUCAAGUCCAAGCCGACUCGGUUCUUCUUUGAAGGCACAAGCAUGACCGUUCUCGCCUUGGCAUUUGUGUUCUGCGUCCUGGCCAAUGCUUCAACAUACGGUGUGCAGGUCACCCUCGAGCAAUGGGUCAAGCACUCCGGCCAUGGGAGACUCCAACAAGCUGGGCUUUAUCUCGGCCUCAUGGGCAUGCUCACCCUGCUCAGCUUCGUGACCUUUUUCGUGGCCGCACUUAUCUACUUUGACCGUUUGGUGGUUCAAGCUUCUCGAAAUACACACGCUUCAGCACUGCGGUCUUGCUUGCAACGUAGCAUCUCCGCCUUCGCCAGUAUCAGCGCUUCGAUGGUCGUCAAUCGCCUCUCCACUGAUCAGUUCAUCUGCGACUUUGAAUAUGCAGCUGCCUUGUUCAACUUCGUCUUUCUGUUGGUGGGAUUGUUGGCGUCGUUGGUUCUCAUCUUUCUAGCAGCACCUCUGGCUGCAGCCGCAAUUCCAGUUCUAGCCGCCGGCUACUACUAUUUGCAGGAGUUGUACCUGCGCAACUCAAGACAAUUCCGAAGCAUGGAUCUGGAAGCACGAACAGCGCUGUUCAACGCGAUCAAAGAAACGGACCAAGGCGUCGAGGUGGUGCGAGCGCUUGGCAGGACGGACUGGAUCGAGGGCCGAGGCAUGGCUCUGAUUGAACGGGCUCAGAUGCCUUACUUUGCCCGCCUUUCCUCGCUGCGCUUUCUACGUAUGGGGCUGUACACGAUCACAUGGAUCUUGGCCACCCUUCUGGCCAUCUUGAGCAUUGCCCUGCGCCGCUCUUCCUCGUCAAGCUCACUCGGACUCGCGCUCACUAACGUCACAUCUCUAUCCGUCAUGCUCAACUCAACGCUGCAGACCUGGGUGUUGCUCGAGACGGGUAAGGUGGCAGUGCAAAGGCUGGAAGCCAUUGCCAGGGACAAGGUCGAGGCACCACACACAAGGUCCGAGAGUGUGUGCCUUGAUGUUGGUGCAACUGCGGUGGCGGUGGUGAACACGCCGUGUUUGGAAUGGAGGGAGUUCGGUGCUCGCUAUUCAUCCAACGGUCCACUCGCAGCGCAGUCAGUCAACCUUGCCGUGCCGCGUAACAGCAAGGUGGGCAUUUGCGGUCGCAGUGGAAGCGGCAAAAGCACAUUGCUCAAUAGUCUGGUUGGCACAAUCGACAGCAAACUCACCUCGGGCGAGCUACGCAUUCACGGUCACAACAUCAAUCACUUGAGCCUCGAACAGGUUCGUUCUUGCUUGAGCCUGGUAGCACAAAAGCCCUUCGUUUGGCAAAGUAGCAUCCGAGAGGUCUUGACUAUGUCUGUCGACUCGGAUGAGGCUGCUACCGAUGCCGAGAUUUGGUCUGCUUUGCGCUCCGUCGGUCUCGAUAACCUUGUUGCUUCGACCACGCUGAAACUGGACAGCAUCAUUUCAGACAUCGAUGUCGAUGAAGGUGGCAGUGCAACUGCUCAAGAGUCGCAACACGGUGGCGCAAAGCCGGCUCGAGGACAGCUGAAUCUUUCGAGAGGACAGAAACAGCUUCUGUGUAUGGCACGAGCUAUACUGCAGAGCAAGCACCGAUCCAUCCUGGUCCUCGACGAGGCGACUAGCAGUUUGGACCACGAAGCAGAGCUGAUGCUUAUCAAGACCAUUCAAAGCCAGUUUGCAGACCAAACAGUGUUGGCUGUUGCCCACCGGCUCGUGACCCUGCUCGAUUUCGACCAAGUCUACGUGAUGGACAAGGGUCGCAUCAUCGAGUCUGGAUGUCCCCGAGAUCUGCUUGUCCAACAAGGCUCUGUGUUCAGGGAACUGGCCGCUUCACAAGGGUUGACGAACAACCUCUGA